AUGUUCUUAAAGGAGUGUAUUAGUGAUAACGUUCAUUUACUGUUAAAAUUGAAUUAUGACUACAAUGAUUUAAGCAAAUCGCAUUAUACCGCAAAGGUCCGUCUAAGCAUUUUUACUGUUCUGACGGUGACGGUAGAAGAUCCCCUUAGUUUUCAUGAUCCCGAUUUAAGUGAAAAAUUAGUGCCGUCUAAAAAAAGAGAAACUGCUAAACCGCUAUAUGAAGUCGAACGUAUACUUGCCGAACGGUAUAACCCGAAGAAAUUACAGAAUGAGUUUCUGUUAAAAUGGGAAGGGUAUGGAAACAAUGAAAAUUCUUGGGAACCAGAAAGCAACCUUGAAUGUGGUGAAUUAAUCAAAGAAUUUCGCUGUGGCAAGAAAAGGGAUCUGUCACCUAAUAAAAGGAGAAUGACGAUCACUACAAGUAAUCGUAGUUCGAAACACGUGAAGUCCUCGCCAUUUUCACCUUCUGCGUCUGCUGAUGGUUCGUCAAGCGCUGUCUUUGAGAAGGUCCCAAUUUUACCGGAAGGUACAUCUUCGAUGGAAAAGGGUAUUAAACCAAUCAGGAUUUUAAAUUCUUGCCGUGGGCAUGGUAUUGCACCGUUCGAUUACAUUGUUGAAUAUGAGGGUAAACGCUUAGAAAAAGUUCCUGCGGUGGUUUGCAACAGAAUGUGUCCCCAGCUCGUUACAUUUCAUUCAUUCUGUGCUGUACGUUCUUUGCGAUGUUUGGCCGAUCUUCGCUUUGGGGAGGAUUUUGUCGACAUAGCAUCCCUUCCUGACGAUGCACCUGUUGGUUUAUACAAGUCAUCCGCUGUGCGUCGAGUUGCGUCAAAAUUGCUUAAACUGGCGGUAGCAAUCGGUGCCACCUUGUUCGCAACUGGUCUUUUCAUUGAUGUUUUUUUUUAUUUACAACCAGAGAUCGCUAGUGGUUCCCGCGUUUGCUGUCACAACUUCGCAUCAGUGGCUCAUUUUAAGGCAUCCAUUUUUUAUUGUUCAUACUCUCGUCAGUGGGCUCUAUCUCCAAUUCGAGAUCAAGCGAAGCCACCCUCAGCUUUAGAUCUGGGAAAUGACAUUUAUUUCGAAGGUAUUCCAUAG